AUGGCUACAACUCGUGAUGCACCCAGGGCCGAUUUUAACCCGGAGCCGGCAUUCCAAUAUACCCUACCGCCCAACAAAGACUGGAAAGUCGGGCAGCCAUUUAAUGAGGACGGGCCCAGUGCUCUCGCUGCAGAAUGGGCCAAAGGCUAUGAAGGAGGAUGGCAGACGUUUGAGACCGGCAACGAGAAACCUGCAGAUAUCUAUCGCCUUAUGAUCUCAGGAAUUAUUCCCAGGCCGAUUGCCUUCGUGUCUUCUUUGAGCGCCAGCGGAACCCCCAACCUAGCUCCAUUCAGCUAUUUCUCGAUGGUUUGCCAUAAUCCUCCUUUGGUUUCGGUGUCUUUUACCCAUGGCCCAACUCGCCACAAAGAUUCUUCCAUUAACAUCCGCGAAACGAAGCAGUUUACUGUCAAUAUCAUUAGCGAGCCCUGGGUUGAAGGUGCCAACUGGUGCAGUACAGAUGCCCCCUAUGAAACUGAAGAAUGGGUGGGGUCGGGCUUGACCAAGGCUGAGAGUACUUUCGUGAAACCUGCGAGAGUCAAAGAGAGUGCCUUUUCCAUGGAGUGCGAAUUGUUUUCACUCCAGGACAUUUCUCCUCCUGGCUCGAAUACCGUAACUGGAACUCUGGUGCUAGGUCACGUAAAAGCUAUUCAUGUCCGAAAGGACGUAUGGGUCAACGAUGGGAAGGGUAUUGGAAUGGUUGAUCCUGUCAAGCUAAGAGCUAUAUCUCGCAUGGGAGGUACGACUUAUGGACGAGUUGGAGAAGGAUUCGAAAUCCCGCGCCUGUCUGGAAUGAUAUCAAGGAAGACGUUGCAAAAAUCCCGAAGAAAGAGUAGGCAUGCGUCUGUGGGUUCUCCUACCUGA